AUGAAGAACUUUGACGACGAAGAUAUCAGGAGAGUGUUGGAGGAGUCUGAUGGUGAAGAUUCACUGUUCAAUGUGUAUGACCAUGAGGAAAUUGUCGAGGACGAUGAUGUGGACAUUGAUGAACGUGAAGAAGAGACAGUCGAAGCAAUCGCCAGAGAGGUACAACAUGAUGGAGAAAUGGGGCACGACGAACCAACUCGCCAAAAUCUGCUUUUCGAUGUAAACACAGAUCUUUAUACAAUUUUCCGAAAAAUUGUUGAUGAUGAUGUCCUAAAACUAAUGGUGCAACAAACAAAUUUGUAUGCCGCGCGGCUUUUACAAGAACUGGCAAAGCCACACAGUCGCAAAAAACGAUGGUCAGAUGUCGACGAAUCAGAAAUGCUAAAAUUUCUUGGUGUAAUUCUACUAAUGGGUAUAAUACCCUUCCCAACGAUAGAAUCAUACUGGAAAAAGGAUGUAAUUUAUUAUCAUCCAUUACUUCAUAAUAUCAAAAUGUCGUACAACAGAUUCACACUUAUACUAAAAUGUUGGCAUUUUUGCGACAAUGAAGCGUCUGGACGCGAAAAUGAUCGACUAUACAAGAUUAGCCCCUUGCUAGAUCUUAUUAUUGAUAAUUCUAGAUCGAUUUACACGCCUGGGGACACCAUAGUUGUUGACGAAUCAAUGGUGCAUUUUCGUGGCAGAUUAAUUUUUCGCCAGUUUAUACCGUCGAAGUCUCAUAAAUACGGGAUCAAAAUAUAUAAGUUAUGCACUGUAGAUGGCUUUACGUGGGGAUACCAAAAAUAUAGCGGACAGAGCGAACAGCUUUUUGGUUUAGAUACAACAGGAACUAUUGUUGUAAAAUUAGCAGAAGGACUGUUAGAUGAAGGUCGUUGUAUGGUCACGGAUAAUUACUACACGAGUGUGCCUCUUGCAGAAUUUCUUCUCUCUCGUAAUACAGAUAUCUGUGGUACUCUAAAUAAAAAAAGGAGAGGUAUACCAAAAGAUGUCACAAAUGCUGCCUUGCAAGUAGGAGAAAUUGCCGUCAAACAAAAAAAAAAUGAAAAUAUCACUGUUCUAAAAUGGAAAGACAAGCGAGAUGUUUGUAUAUUGUCGACUUGUCACGUCAAAGGACUAUCUAUGACGACAGCACGCACUCCAAAGCUGAAGCCUGAUAUGAUACUUACCUACAACAAAGCUAAAAAAGGAAUAGACAUUGCUGAUCAACUGUCCAGUUACAACAUGCCUGUUAGAAAAACGUUAAUCUGGUACAAAAAAAGUUGCAACGGAUUUGCUGGCCAUAGCAGUGAUAAACUCUAUGAUAAUUUUCAAUGA